CGAUGGCUCUUGAGCUGAGGAGCGAACAGCGCAGGAGGAGAGGAGACGAGAAGAUGAGAGAAAUACCCCUACCUCUUUAUAAACUUUCACUUCCUAAGAAGGGACAAUAGUUCGGUAACGACCCGCAGCCUAUAUCCGAUAUGGGCACAGAGGGCACAGAAAGCAAUGUCAUGCUGGAGCUCGCUGCCGAAGCCUUCCAAGCUAAAAACUUUGAGCUCGCCGCUGAAAUAUACGAAUGUCAACUGCAAGAUUUCAGCGACCUUGGCACUCAACACGAGCUUCUGGUGAAGCGGGCAGAAGCUCUGGCUUUUGGUGGCAAGCUGAGCGAAGCUUUCGAAGUCUACAAGAGAGCUUCCAAAAUCAACAGGCUACGACCUACGCAGCUGGAGAACCUUAUGGAAUGUCUUGCAAACAAGAUCCGGAGCAAAGAGGGGCUCGCCGGUCAGAAGCACCCCGAAGAAGGGCACAGAUGCGGCAGAAAUGAUGCUUUCACUUGCAGGAUGUGUGUGGGAUUUCUGUACGAGCCGGUUACCUUGCCUUGUGGACAUUGUUUUUGCAAAAAGUGCCUGGACAGAGAAAAAAGGCCAAUUUCCUGCAGAGAGUGCAAGGACAGCUCCAAACUCACUGACCUGCCGAAUUACAGAGUUAAUGUAGUUCUUAGUAACUUGUUGGCAAAGUGGUUUCCUUCUCAACUGCACGCAGUUCAGCUGAGACAUGAGGGGAAUGCGCUGUACGCAGAGAAUAAAUUGGAAGCUGCUUUAGAAAAAUACAAUGAGGCAAUAAUUAUAGCUCCGAGGGACCACUUGCUGUUCAGCAACCGUUCACUGAUUAACUCCAGUCUGAAAAAAACUGAAGAUGCUCUUGCUGAUGCAGAGAUGGCAUGCAGACUAAAACCUUUUUGGCUGAAGGGACAUUUGAGGAAGGCACAAGCUCUUACUGCACUGAAGAAAACAGAAGAAGCUUUAACAGAAUACCUGCUCUGUAUUAGUUUAGAACCAGAAAGCAAACUGGCAAAAUUGGAAGCUCACAAGCUGCUGAGCGACAUCUUCGCUCCAAUUCUUGAUCAUGUCCAGGAGAGAAUACCCGACUGCACGGGUCUACUGUCCUCGAGGACCAGGAUAAAGGGACGCUUAAUGAGCACCUUGAGCUCAAACUGCAACACCAGCUCUCUGGGGCUCUAUAAGGAGGGCAGUGUAAAUAAUGACAGCUUAACCUCUCAAGAAAAGUCAAUGAUACCGCUGGCUCCUAGUGCUAUGAAAGAGACUGACUUCACAGGAGUCAAGUCUGCAUGCUGUGCAGACAAAUGUGAAGAUGAGGACUUUUGCGGUGUCUGUCACCCCACUGUAAUCGACAGAAACCACCUUGUCAAACGUAAACACAGCUCAGAAGAGGAGGCCAAGGGGGGAAGCAAUGGGGGACCGUGCAAGCGCUUGAAAUUGGAAGUAGCGCUGAAACAGGAGACAACUUCCUGGUCUGCAGUGGUGAGUGACCUCAUCGAUGCAGCUGACCUGGAGUGCUCACUGUGUAUGAGGCUUUUCUAUGAGCCUGUCACCACUCUCUGCGGCCACACCUUCUGCCUGAAAUGCCUUGAGAGAUGCUUGGACCAUAACGCCAAGUGCCCCCUCUGCAAAGAGGACCUCUCAGAGUUUUUGGCCCAGAGACGAUUUAGCAAGACCGUUCUGAUGGAACACCUCAUUGCCAAGUAUCUUCCAGAAGAACUAGCAGAGAGACGGAUUGUCAACGAAGAGGAAAUGGCCGAGCUAUCCAAUCUGAACAAGAAUGUGCCUAUAUUUGUGUGCACAAUGGCCUUUCCCACGGUUCCUUGCCCCCUGCAUAUCUUUGAGCCCUGCUACCGGCUCAUGGUGCGCAGGUGCAUGGAGACGGGGACCAAGCAGUUUGGCAUGUGCCUCAGCGAUUCCGUCAAAGGGUUUGCUGAUUAUGGCUGCAUUUUGGAGAUCAGGAACGUGGAGUUCUUUGCCGACGGGCGCUCCGUUGUGGACACCAUUGGAAAAAGGAGAUUUAAAGUCAUCCAGCACAGUCAGCGAGAUGGAUACAACACUGCGGAUAUAGAAUACCUGGAAGAUGAGAAAGUGGAGGGAACAGAGGAGGCAGAACUGAGAACACUCCAUGACGCUGUGUAUGAUCAGGCUGUGACCUGGGUGAACUCCCUCAAGGCUGAACAGAAGGAGCGUAUUGUGGGUCACUUUGGACCCAUGCCAGAGAAGGAUGCAGAGCCACAGAUCAGUCCCAACGGGCCGUCGUGGUGCUGGUGGCUCCUGGCGGUCAUGCCCCUGGAGGGCCGUGCCCAGCUGCCCUUCCUUGCCCUCACCUCCCUCAGGGAUCGGCUGACGGGCAUUCGCAGAGUGCUCCUCUUCAUGUCUCGCAACCGCUCACGGUGACACCCCCCCCUUCCUCCUGUCCAUCCUCGUCUUGUGUGUACAUGUUGGCUACCGUUUUCGCAUGACCAAAUUCUGUAUAGCCUUUUGUACAUAACUACCACUGCUAGGUAGGUUAUACUGUAAUGUUAAGUAUAACUGAACAGAACUAUAUGCCCCUGGGGUUAAUACUUAUUGCAGAGGUUAUGCUUUG